CGAGUCAUACCCAAAGUCUGGGGAGGGCGAAAGGCCGAUAUAUGCCGACCUCUUAAAGAUUGGGGGAGCUAAGACCUAAUCUUCUCCAUCGUUGCCCCCGGAAUCUCCCUCCUUCUCCUCCAUCACAAUCUCGCCUUAGCAUAUCUCAGCCGUGCAACUCGGUUCAGUCACCAUGUCCAAGGGUCGCGUUUGUCUCGCCUACUCCGGAGGCCUCGACACCUCCACCAUUCUGAAAUGGCUCAUUCUCGAGGGCUACACCGUUGUGUGCUUCCUCGCCAAUGUCGGCCAGGAGGAGGACUGGGCUGCCGUUGAGAAGAAGGCUCUUGCCCUCGGGGCCGAGCGCAUGGUCAUCGAGGACCUGCAGCGCGAGUUCGUCGAGGAGAUUGUUUUCCGCGCCAUUCAGUGCAAUGCCAUCUACGAGGACCGCUACCUCCUCGGCACCUCGCUGGCUCGCCCCAUCAUUGCCCGGGCGCAGGUCCGCGUCGCCCAACAGUACAACUGCCAAUACCUGAGCCACGGCUGCACUGGCAAGGGUAACGAUCAGGUCCGCUUUGAGCUGGCCUUCAAGGCCUGCAACCCCUCGAUGAAGGUCAUCGCGCCGUGGAGGUUGCCCGAGUUCAUCCAGAAGUUCCAGGGCCGUGCCGACCUUCUCAAGUUCGCCGCCGAGAACAACAUUCCCGUCUCGUCAACUCCCAAGGCUCCCUGGAGCAUGGACGACAACCUGGUUCACUGCUCAUACGAGGCCGGCGUCCUCGAGGAUCCCGAUCACACCCCGCCCAAGGAGCUCUGGACUCGCACCGUUGACCCCACCGACGCGCCCGACAAGCCGUACAACUUCACCAUCCACUUUGAGAAGGGCAUCCCCGUCAAGGUGGUGACCCCCGACGGUGAGGUCAGCGGUGACUCGGUCGCUCUGUUCAAGCUCCUCAACAAGAUUGGCCACGACAACGGCGUUGGCCGUGUCGACAUCGUCGAGAACCGCUUCAUUGGCCUGAAGAGCCGUGGCUGCUACGAUACCCCGGGCCUGACGAUUGCCCGUCUUGCCCAUAUCGACCUGGAGGGUCUUGUGCUGGACUCCAAGGUUCGCAAGCUGCGUGACCAAUUCGUCACCCUCGAAUGGUCGCACUGCCUCUACAACGGCAUGUACUUCAGCCCCGAGCGCGAGUUCCUCGAGAACUCCAUCAUCUUCUCCCAGAAGAACGUCACCGGCGAGGUGCGCAUGUCGGUGUACAAGGGCGCCGCGUACGUUCUGGGCCGGAAGAGCGACGCCAGCAACCUGUACUCGCAGGAAGACGCGUCGAUGGAUUCGCUCGAAACCUUCUCGCCCAUGGACACCACGGGCUUCAUCGCCAUCCAGGCCAUCCGCCUGGAGAAGUAUGGCCUCCAGAAGAUCAAGGAUGGCGAGCCCUUGAGCAAGUAAUCUGCUUAGCAUAGGAUACAAAAAAAGUAAAAUAAUUGGGAUGGUCAACAUACUGUUUCUGUGGCAUUUCCUUGUUGGCCUUCUGCUUGCUGUGAUUAUUGCCCCUCAGCGUACGGAGUACCGAGUAC